AUGUGCGCGCGGACUUACUUCGGCGUCUCCGUCCGGUCUUCGCGCGGCGUCCCGCGUGCUGGUCCGCGCGACCUCCCGCUUCGGGAAAAAGGAACAUCCCGAACAGGUCAGCUCCUUGAUCCUCCCGUCGACCAAUCGCGAUGGAGGUCGCGACGUGUCCCGUAUGGGACUUUAGUAGACUAA